CGGGAGCGCGCGUGUCUCCGCUGUGCUUAGUCACGCUGAGUUUCUGCUUUCUGAAACACACACACAAACACACACUCACACACACACACACACACACUCACUGUGAGCUGCAGCGAUGAUCUGACUCUGAGUGAACGGAGGAAACAGAUCAACAUCAUUAAACUGAAGGAUGCGUGUGAUUCCUGCUGAAGUGUGAGAGUCUUCACGCUCCAGAGACGUCCAGCCGCUGGUUCCAGACAGACAGACCUGAUCUGAAAGACUCUAGAAGCUUGUCUCUUUGAGGAGAAGACUCAAAGAUGUGAGCGACACACCGGGUGGACUCUGAGCUGACGUGAGCGUUUGUGUCUGUGCUCUUCCUGGUUCAUGAGUGAUCUGUCUAAACAGAUUCACACGAGGGAGGAUCUUUACAGAGCUGUGACCGUGGCCGGGUGAGAAUGAGCAGGAGCUCUGUGAGCGUGGCUUUAUAACUGUGUGUCUGAUCAGAAGAGCGUCCCGUAAGACUCUGCGCUGGCGAGCGAGGAUGUGCGGGCCGAGCCGCGGCCGGUGAGCAUGUACACGGCGUCCGGGAUGACGGAGUGUAAGGCGGAGGUGACUCCGUCGGAGAGGAACGGUCACCGUGUGUUCAGCUACACGCUGGAGAGCCACACGGCCGCCGCCUUCUCCAUCAUGAACGAGCUGCGUCUGGAGCGCCAGCUGUGUGACGUCACGCUGAGGGUCAAAUACAACCAGCUGGAGGCCGUGGACUUCGUGGCUCAUAAAGUGGUGCUGGCCUCGUCCUCGCCGGUGUUUCGUGCCAUGUUCACCAACGGCCUGAAGGAGUGUGGGAUGGAGGUGGUGCCCAUCGAGGGGAUCCACCCGAAGGUCAUGGGGCGGCUCAUCGAGUUCGCGUACACGGCGAGCAUCUCUGUGGGAGAGAAGUGUGUGAUUCAUGUGAUGAACGGGGCGGUCAUGUACCAGAUCGACAGCGUGGUCAAGGCUUGCUGUGAUUUCCUGGUGCAGCAGCUCGACCCGAGCAACGCCAUCGGCAUCGCCAGCUUCGCCGAGCAGAUCAGCUGCACUGAGCUUCACCAGAAGGCCAGAGAAUACAUCUACAUGAACUUCAGUCAGGUGGCCACGCAGGAGGAGUUCUUCAACCUGUCUCACUGUCAGCUGGUGACUCUGAUCAGCCGUGACGAGCUGAACGUGCGCUGUGAGUCCGAGGUGUUUCACGCGUGUGUGGAGUGGGUCCAGUACGACCGGGAGAACCGUCGGCCGUAUGUGCAGGCUCUGCUUCAGGCCGUCCGCUGUCACUCGCUCACACCGCUCUUCCUGCAGCGUCAGCUGGAGCGCUUCGACUGGGACGCCCAGAGCAAAGACUACCUGUCCCAGAUCUUCCAGGACCUCACGCUGCACAAGCCCACCAAACUCCUGCCGCUCCGGACGCCCAAGGUGCCGCAGCUCAUCUACACGGCGGGCGGAUACUUCCGGCAGUCUCUGAGCUACCUGGAGGCGUUCGAGCCCUGCUCCGGAGCCUGGCUGCGUCUGGCCGAUCUCCAGGUGCCCCGCAGCGGUUUAGCAGCCUGUGUCAUCAGCGGCCUGCUGUACGCCGUGGGCGGCAGGAACAACGCUCCGGACGGAAACAUGGACUCCAACAUGCUGGACUGUUACAACCCCAUGAACAACUGCUGGCUGCCCUGCGCUCCCAUGAGUGUCCCGCGCAACCGCAUCGGUGUGGGCGUCAUCGACGGCUUGAUCUACGCUGUGGGCGGCUCACACGGCUGCGUCCAUCACAACAGCGUGGAGAGGUAUGAUCCGGAGAGGGACUGCUGGCAGCUGGUGGCUCCGAUGCUGACGCGGCGGAUCGGUGUCGGUGUGGCCGUGAUCAACCGGCUGCUGUACGCUGUGGGGGGGUUCGACGGCACGCACCGGCUGAGCUCCGCUGAAUGCUACAACCCCGAGAGAGACGAGUGGAGGAGCAUCGCGUCCAUGAACACGGUCCGCAGCGGUGCAGGCGUGUGCGCUCUGGGGAACUGCAUCUAUGUGAUGGGUGGAUACGACGGCACCCAUCAGCUGAACACUGUGGAGCGGUACGAUGUGGAGACGGACGUCUGGAGCUUCAUCUCUUCCAUGAGACACAGACGCAGUGCUCUGGGAGUAACGGCGCACCACGCACGCAUUUAUGUGCUCGGUGGGUAUGAUGGGAACACGUUUCUAGACAGUGUGGAGUGUUAUGACCCGGAAACAGACACGUGGAGCGAGGUCACCAACAUGACGUCCGGCCGCAGCGGUGUGGGAGUGGCAGUGACCAUGGAGCCGUGCCAGAAGGGCCUGAGCCCCUGUCAGAAGAGCUAGAAACACCUCUGUCUGUGUGUGUGUGUGUGUGUGUGCUCAUUAAUGCUCUCCCUCUCGCCCUCUCUGUCUCCCCCCCCCCUCUCUCCCGCUCUCUCUGUCUCCCCCCC